AUGGAUCAGGGUCACCAGGGUCACCAGGGUCCAGUUCCAGGCCUGUCCCAGUUCUUGCAGGCUUUGGGCUUGGAGGCCUAUGCUCUCUCAGCGAAGCGCUGGGCCCAGGAGCAGGGUGCUUGCAGCCUCUCUGAGUUGGUUGAGAACGCAGACGACCUGGCGACGGCACUCGGCCUAUCACCCUCUCAGCGUGCCCAGCUGCAGCGUGGGGGGCCCAUAGUGGUGCGGCAGAUUGAGUCGGAGCACCACGGCCACGGGCCUCCGACAGCAAGCUUUGCAACGAAAAGGCUUGGCAAAGCCGUGAGUGUCCCUGUAACCAUUCCCGCCGUCCAGGUGUCCGCCCUAGUAUUUCGCGUGCAGCAUGGUCAACGCACGGUGAGCACUGGCAUUGGGCGGACGGAGACAGAUAUCUGGGACGAAAGGGAGGCUUCCGCGCACGGGAAUGUGCCCGCUUUCGCAGAUGUGACGGAGCCCAAGGUCCAGCGAAAGGACAAGGACUUGCCGGCCCGGUGGUGCACGCCGCCCAAGGAGCGCUGGCGCGUGGACGACGCGCUCCUGCGCCAGCGCAUCCCGUCGCAGGCCGAGGUGAAGGUGAAGGCUUUGGCGGUGGCCGCAGCCGAGACCGAGGCGCAGGAGGAGUGGGAGCAGUGGGAGCAAGAGGAGGCUGCCAAGAAGAGACCGUCGAAGCGGGCAGCGAAGCCCGACCGAUUCGAGGCGAUGCGAGAGCAGUUUCUGGAAGUUCAUGGGCCAGUGCUAGAGCAAGAGCUGGGCAAAGACUACAAGCUCGUUCCUGCUGAUGUGGCACCAGCCGUGAAGGAGAAGUUCUUGCAGGAGUGUGAGACGCAUGGCUCUCCAGAUUUCGGAUACCACGGCACCCGAGCGGCAAACAUCCCUUCGAUACUCCAGCAGGGACUGCGCGUGCCCUCCAAUGAGAGCGGCGUCCGCGUGGCCAAUGGCUCAGCCCAUGGAGUUGGUAUCUACACGGCCAUGCCGGGCAACUCCUGGCUUUCACGAGGCUUUGCGGACACCAAGGACAUGUUGGUCUGCGGCGUGGUCGACCCCGAUGCAGAGGUUCGGCCGCACCCUGCAACCGUUGCAACAUGGGCGGCUCCCCCACGGCAAGUGGGUGGCCACCGGAACCACCACAAGCCCGUGGCGCCUCAAGUCGCCAAUCUGGUCCCACCACCCAACCACAUGCUCUGGACCCACCGGGAGAAUGACGGCAUCAAGGUCGUCGGCGGAGCGCGCGUGAUCUUCAAGGAAGAGCGUGUCGCUCCGUUGUUCGUGGCCCAACCCGUUCAUUCGGACCAGACCUUCACAAGAGCGACGACUGGAAAUCAUAAAGAGGCGAGUCGUGGAGGACGCAAGGGGCAGGUCUAUAUCCCGCAGUCCGGCGAAGUGGUCUGGGACUGCUGGGAGGAAGUGAGAGAUUGGAAUGCUCGGCGGGUGAAGCGGAUCGUGGUGACCAAAGAGAGACAGCAGCAGCGGGCGGCCGCGAGGCAAAUGAAGCAGGAGAAUCAGAGCAUGGGCCUGAGUGAGGCCCUCUAG